UGCGAGGACAUUAAUAAAAUAUCUGUUUAACUUCAGCUUUUUGGAUCUAUUUAGUAAAACAAUUCUGAAGAGUUAUUAUGGCUCGAUCAGCUAGGCCCGAUCAUGGUUUUACUUGUUUUUGGAGAAUAACAGAUUUUGACAUAACCAGUACAAGCUCAGAUUGUUUGUAUAAGAGUGAAAAAUUCCGAAUUCCAAUGCUAAGUUCCUCGAGCUGGCAUUUAGAAUUGGAACAUACAUGGCGUGCAUCCUUAGGUUUGUACCUUUAUAAGGAGGAUGAGAAUAAUGGAAAUAGUAAUAUAGAUAUACAAAUGUCAGUGUUGAUGUCAUCGGGAUGGCGAACCAGAUUUAGUCAUUUCUUCAAGUUCAAACCAGGUGGUACAGGUCAUGGUACUUCAGUAUUAGUAGAUUGGAAGAAAGCGUUUAGUAGAAAUAAUCAUGUGCUGGAUGGCUGUUUGACCGUUAGCUGCCAUAUAUCAAAUGGGGCUACAUGGGAUAAAUAUGAGCAAUGCUUUUUAGUAUCAAAUGUAACUGACGAUACAUUAUUUCAUUUGCCGGCAAUACUUGAAUUCAAUGACCUAGAACCAAAACAUCUUGUAAACUUUCCUACACCUACAGUUACAUUGACGGAAGCGUUUUAUACGAGUUUGGCUGAAGCUGUAGUACAGAACUUGCCUCAAGGAAGAAAAAAGCAACACAAUGAUCGAAGUAGCGGGUAUUCAGUGAAAGAAGUGGAAACUAAAAGUACUCAGACUGAAAGCAUGGAAGAUGGUCAUGUUUUGAGAGAUUCAGAUGAUUUGCUAAAACUAUUCAAGGACAAAAGAUUUCAAUAUGUGACACUGCGCACACCAUCUAAGGAUUUCGCUGUUCACAAAACCAUUCUUUGCGCGAGAUCUACAGUUUUCAACGCCAUGUUAGAAAAAAAUGCCGUAGUUGAUAUUGACGACGUACACAGUGACACUUUGUCUGUACUAUUGCAGUAUUUGUACCAGGAAUCGAUACAAAUCAAUGAUCUAGAAUGGGACGUAGUACUGAAGCUCUAUUAUGCAGCUGCUAAGUAUCAGAUAACACAGUUGAAGAGAGAUUGUUGUUCCUAUUUGAAGAAAAAUUCAACUGAUGAGAAUGUCUGCGAUCCUUCCAUUUUUGAGGAAGAGUCAGAAAUUCAAGAAACAGUGCAAGAAAACAUUGCCUCCGAGGAAAGAGAAUUAACCUCCAAUGGAAGCUGGUGUUUUUAAUUGUAAGAAAUCAUUAAAGGAACAGUAACUUAUAGUCUGAGGUUACGUAACUAUUAUCAUGUUCUACAAAUAAUAGUGAAAUUGAGGAACAAAUAAAAAGUGUGAUUGUGUUGAGAA